UUAUGGCCAGAUACUCGGGGAAAUCAUGUCGUUUGUUGACCAUGCUGUCCCUGACGGCCUUCUUCUUCCUGGUGGAGAUCAUCGUGGGCUACAUCACAAACUCCAUUGCUCUGGUAGCAGACUCUUUUCACAUGCUGUCUGAUGUCUUGGCACUCAGUGUGGGCUUUGCCUCUGUUAGAGUAUCAAAAUUGCAUACCGAGAAAAACACCUUUGGUUGGAUCCGAGCAGAAGUUCUUGGAGCUUUAGUGAAUUCUGUCUUCCUUGUUGCUCUUUGUUUUACCAUUUUGAUAGAAGCUCUGAAGAGAUUAGUGGACAGUGAGGAAGUGACCAAUCCUAAGCUCCUUCUAAUUGUGGGUGGGGCUGGCCUCGUUGUCAGCACCAUCGGAUUGUGUCUCUUUUAUGACCAUGGUCACAGGUGUGGAGGUCAUAGCUAUGGGAGAGGUCACGGUCACAGUCAUGGGGGUGGAGCCGAGGAAUUAGAGCUGUGUGAUCAGGAAGAAAGCAAGGAAUUGGUCAAGAGAACAACAAAAGUAACAACAACCAAUGGAAUGGCCAGGCUGCAGCUAAAUAACCCCAAAUGUGAGAUUGAGAUGAAGAACAAACUUUCUUCCAGUUCCCAGCUGAACAUGAGGGGGGUAUUUCUACAUGUCUUGGGGCAUGCCUUAGGGUCAGUCAUUUUGAUAAUAAGUGCCUUUAUUAUUUGGCUGUGCGAGGGGGACUGGAGAUUCUAUGUGGAUCCCGCCAUGAGCAUAAUGAUGGUAGUGAUUAUCAUAGGAACAACUGCUCCACUCUUGAAAGAAUCAGGUUUUAUCUUGCUACAAAAUGUUCCAUCUCAUAUAAAUCUCGAAGCAGUUAGAGAAAAAUUGGCAAAGGUUGAAGGGGUAGUAGCAGUUCGUGAACUCCAUAUUUGGCAGUUAGAAGGCAGUAAGAUCAUAGCCUCAGGUCAUGUAACAUGCGAUGAUUUAUAUGAUUACUACACUAUAUCAGUGACAGUUAAAGAGAUUUUCCGUAACGAGGGAAUCUAUUCCGCUACCAUCCAACCUGAGUUCUUACAGGUAAGAAUGCACAGGAGACAGAUAUCUGAGCAGGACUGUAUUCUAGAAUGUGGACCAGAUAAAAAUUUCUACCAAGACACAUGUUGGCAGAAAAGACAGGACUCGGAAAAGGGUAAAAAUGGGGAAAGCCUCACCAGGGAGAGGAGUGAAAAAGGAAUGAAGAGAAGCAAAUCUGAGCCUCGAAAUGUUUCUGUGGAGGAUGUCUAGUGCUAGAAUAAGUCUUAAUUGACUUUCAGUGUCAUAGGCACAAGGGAUGAUAUUCCAAAAUGUACAAUGUAUUUUUUAGGUCACCGGAGUCAU